AUGACAAUCAAUGAAUACAUUGCUGGGGCAGUGGCAGGGAUGUCUGGUGUAGUGAUCGGCCAUCCGUUUGACACAACUAAGCUUCAGAUGCAGAUCCGAACAACCGGAGAUCACAAACUGACACGAGUCAGAGAUGCCUUUGCCAGUGUAGCAGCUCAAGGACUUAAAAAUGGACUGUUCCGUGGCAUGAUGUUCCCCGUGGUCUCCUAUGGUCUGGUCAACUCUAUGUUUUUUGGUGUCUAUGGAAACACAAUACGAUUGCUGGAACCUGACCAUACCGUCCGACCAACCAACUCUCAGGUGUACCUGGCAGGCUGUGUGGCUGGCACCUCGCAACUUCUAGUGGCCUGCCCAGUGGAGGUCAUCAAGUGCACACUGCAGGCUCAGAUUCCACUGACCAUGCCAAAGUCCAGGAUAGAUAGUCCCCUUUAUAGCAAGAUAGUCAAGCCAAGGACCUACUAUAAAGGGCCGAUCGAAGCAAGCAGACGCAUCUUUGGCAAUGAAGGUGUUCUGGGCUUCUACAAAGGGAUGUUUGUCAUGUUUAUGAGGGAUGUUCCCAGCUAUGGCCUCUACCUGUUGUCCUAUGAGACACUGCACAAGUACCUCUUCCAUCAUGGUCUGACAGACAAGAAGGGUGUCAUAGCUGCCAUAAUUGCCGGGGGACUGGCCGGCUGUGCCUCCUGGCUGGGAAUCAUGCCAUUUGACGUCAUCAAAAGUAGACUGCAGGUGGAUCACGGCGGAAGGUACAAAGGUUUCUGGGACUGUGCGUACUUGAGUGUCAAACGUGGAGGCUUCGCCGUACUGUUUACUGGGACUUCCAUCACCAUUCUUCGGGCUUUCCCGGUCAAUGCCGUCACGUUUUUGGUCUACUCACAGAUGAUCCGGGAGCUGAACCUAAUCAACCCACACCCGUCGGUGGAGAAGGCAGCGCAGACGGCUAGUGGUUGA